AAAGUGAACAAUGAAGCCACCAUUUCUUUUGGCCCUUGUGAUCUGUUCUGUAGUCAGCACAAACUUGAAGAUGGUAUCAAAGAGAAAUUCUGUGGAUGGCUGCAUUGACUGGUCAGUGGAUCUCAAGACAUACAUGGCUUUGGCAGGUGAACCUGUUCGAGUGAAAUGUGCCCUUUUCUACAGUUAUAUUCGCACCAACUAUAGCAUGGCCCAGAGCACUGGACUCAGGCUUAUGUGGUACAAAAACAAAGGUGAUUUGGAAGAGCCUAUCAUCUUUUCAGAGGUCAGGAUGAGCAAAGAGGAAGAUUCAAUAUGGUUUCAUUCAGCAGAAGCACAAGACAGUGGAUUCUACACGUGUGUGUUAAGAAACUCGACAUAUUGCAUGAAGGUGUCAAUGUCCUUGACUGUUGCAGAGAAUGAAUCAGGCCUGUGCUACAAUAGCAGGAUCCGCUAUUUAGAAAAAUCUGAAGUCACUAAAAGAAAGGAGAUCUCCUGCCCAGACAUGGAUGACUUUAAAAAGUUCGAUCAGGAGCCUGAUGUUGUAUGGUACAAGGAAUGCAAGCCAAAAAUGUGGAGAAGCAUAAUAAUACAGAAAGGAAAUGCUCUUCUUAUCCAGGAAGUUCAAGAAGAAGAUGGAGGAAAUUACACAUGUGAACUUAAAUAUGAAGGAAAACUUGUGAGACGAACAACUGAAUUGAAAGUUACAGCUUUACUCACAGACAAGCCUCCCAAACCAUUGUUCCCCAUGGAGAAUCAGCCAAGUGUUAUAGAUGUCCAGCUGGGCAAGCCUCUGAACAUUCCUUGCAAAGCAUUCUUUGGAUUCAGUGGAGAGUCCGGGCCAAUGAUCUACUGGAUGAAAGGGGACAAGUUUAUUGAAGAACUGGCAGGUCACAUUAGAGAAGGUGAAAUAAGACUCCUCAAAGAGCAUCUUGGAGAAAAGGAAGUUGAGUUGACACUCAUAUUUGAUUCAGUGGUGGAAGCUGACCUGGCAAAUUAUACCUGCCAUGUGGAAAACCGAAAUGGACGGAAACAUGCCAGUGUACUGCUGCGUAAAAAGGAUCUAAUCUACAAAAUUGAGCUUGCAGGAGGUCUGGGAGCAAUCUUCCUCCUCCUUGUUCUGCUCAUGGUCAUCUACAAAUGCUACAACAUUGAGUUGAUGCUCUUCUACCGACAGCAUUUUGGAGGUGAUGAAACUAGUGAUGACAACAAGGAAUAUGAUGCCUAUCUCUCUUACACAAAAGUGGACCAAGAGGCUUUAGACUGUGACAAUCCUGAAGAAGAGCAAUUCGCUCUUGAAAUAUUGCCAGAUGUCCUGGAAAAACACUAUGGAUAUAAACUCUUCAUCCCAGAAAGGGACCUGAUUCCAAGUGGAACAUACAUUGAAGAUCUCACAAGAUGUGUUGAGCAAAGCAGAAGACUUAUUAUCGUGCUAACUGCAAACUAUAUUCUCAGACGAGGAUGGAGUAUUUUCGAAUUGGAAAGCAGACUCCAUAACAUGCUAGUCAGUGGAGAAAUCAAAGUGAUUUUGAUUGAGUGUACAGAAUUAAAGGGGAAGGUGAAUUGCCAGGAAGUGGAAUCACUAAAGCGCAACAUCAAACUUCUGUCCCUAAUCAAGUGGAAGGGACCCAAAAGCAGCAAAUUAAAUUCUAAGUUUUGGAAGCACUUAGUAUAUGAAAUGCCCAUCAAGAAAAAAGAAAUGCUUUCUCGGUGUCAUGUUCUGGACUCUGCAGAACAAGGACUUUUUGGAGAACUCCAGCCUUUACCCUCUAUUGCCAUGACUAGUACCUCGGCCUCUAUGGUGUCGUCUCAAGCUGAUCUCCCUGAUUUCCACCAUUCAGAUUCGAUGCAAAUGAGGCACUGUUGCAGAGGUUAUAAACACGAGAUGCCAACCACUACCUUGCCAGUACCUUCCCUAGGCAACCACCACACUUAUUGUAACCUGCCUCUGACGCUACUCAAUGGACAGCUACCCCUUAAUAAUGCCCUGAAAGAUACCCAGGAAUUUCAUAGAAACAGUUCCCUGCUGCCUUUAUCGUCCAAAGAGCUUAGCUUCACCAGUGAUAUUUGGUAGUGAAAAAUCUGAAGUCCUCUGAACGGCUAUGUGAGCUGACAAAAUUUCUGCUAUACCAAGCAUACAGUACACAUAAUGAAAUGGAGGUGCUGAAAAAGUGUUUGAAGAAAGCAGUACAGAUAAUGCUUUUGUACUUUAAUUCUUUUAUUUACAUUUCUAGAAUAGUGGGGCGAAAGAAGGACAUGCUUUUAUAGUAUAGUACUUUGUUCCAAUGAACAGUGUUAAUUUCUUCCUGAAAAGAAAAAAAAACUUAAAACCCCUGUUCUUGUAGAGUAGGUUUUAUGAUGCCACUUGGACUGCAAACUUAGUAGGUGAGCUAUCUUCCCCGUAUUUAUGAAUAUUUCAGUAUUUACAUGGCCUUUGAAAUAAGGAAAACUGAAAGACUUGAACUGAAUUUGAAAAUUCUGAACUAAGUUUAAGGGGGAAAGAGAACUUUCACAGAGUAAGUGAAAAAGCAGAAAUGAUCAAGAAAGAGUGUUGAGGCACCCCAAUUGGAAGAUUAUAGAGGAAGACCAGUCGAGAAAAAUUGUGAUUGAAACAUUUAGAACUACUUCAACAUAAUGGACAACUUCUGUAGACUUAAAUUAGCAGCUCAUAAUGACAGCUUUUAGUUUUAUUAGGCAAUCACAUCUUCUGUAGGUAAACUGGUAGGUAGGUAAACAAUGUGCAUUUCUUAAUAAAUAGACAGGCUGUUAGUUCUUUUAGGAUGAUUUUGAACAACAUUUUUGGCUCUCCAGCCUAUUUCAAAAGUUUUACCACUUUGAAAACACAUUUUAAGGUGCACAUUUUAUCAUUUUCUAACAAAUUCACAUUUGGAUUUUUUUCCCAAAUGAUCUCCUGACCUGCUGUAUGCUUUAUGCAAAGAUAUAAGUGUCUCCCCACUUCCUUUCAGCAUCGUUGGAAUUUGAGUUUAAAUAGUGACUGCAAGUGUCAGCAGUAGAAAAGACAUAAAACAACAAUAUUUAGAGAUGAAGUGCUAAACAAUUACAGUUUAGUAGUGGUAGAGCAGCAGUUGCAGUGAUCCUCAUCUGAAAUGUAGUUGUGAAUCAGACUAUUCUGUGCAUAUAUAAUAUCUCCUGGCCAUGUGUCUGAGGCUCCUGCAGAAGUAUCCCUAUUCUUGGUGCUUCAUCUUGUAUGUUUUAUAGACUAAAAUUCACCCUCACAUGGUGACUGUGACUGUACCAUACCAGAAAAUCCCUGUGAAUAUUCUAAAAUACUACUAAUUUGCUGUAAGGAAUAUGCCCCUGUUCUGGCAUUUAUUGUGAAAUACUGCUUUAUGUUCUUUCUAAUUCAAUAAUUUUGGUACAAUGUCCACCAGAAUGCCUGUGGGGGUCAACUGUUAAUCAAGGUUGACUCUGGCAUUUUGCAAAUGGUCCUUAAAUCAUGCUUUUGGACAAAUAUAAACAAGGACAAAUGUAUACAAUGUAUAAAAAUUAAGAAUUUGCCCAGCCCUUAUAAUUGUGAAAUCCAAAUGUAUGAGGACAUUAGAGAAUAUGUUUUUUUCAUCAUUUCUUUCAAGCUCUUUACAUUUUCGGUUCCCUGUGAUCCAUGGGUUUUGUUGAAAGUACUUGUGUCUCUGUUGCUCUUCAAUAUCCCGCUGCUCAGAAAAUGCAUCAUGCACCAACAGUAUGUGAAAGCUUAGCAGUGACAUAUUCAUUUCAAUAUGGGACGAUUAGUUAUUCCUUUAGGAAAGUCCAAUUCAGCACACCUAGGUGUUUCAUAGAUGUAUUUUUCCACUGAGAAAGGUGAUUUUUGCUUCUGUAAAAACUAUAGGUAUUUCAGAAUGUAAAUGUAUCUCUUCUGAAUUGUUUCCCAAGUGUUAUAAAGUUGUAUUACUCUCAUUGUUCUUUAAUGCUAUGUGUAAUUGCUAAAUCAAUAACCUGCAUGAAAUGGGUAGUAUAUGUUUAAGUGACCAAUUGUACUUUUUAUUAUUUUGUUUUUCACAGAAGUCUAGAUUAAUUCAAAUAGAAUGUUCAGUGGUAUUUUUAAACUAAUAGUUCUGUAUUGAGCAUGCCAGUUCUGAAAAUAUAACAUGGGUCUCUCUGCUUCCUUUAUUUACAAUGAUUAAACGUGGGUAGCAAUUUGA